CCCCCUUCGUCUACACUUUGACUACAGACUACGACUACUAUACUAGAGAUGUUUCCCCGUGCAGUCAAGCGCUACUCCUCAAGCUCCUCUGCCACUGCCCGAGCGGGUAUAAAGAACAUUCUCCUCGCCGGCAACGAGGGUGCCACCGCAGCGGGUAUCCCGCCCGAAGAGCUCAGCUACCAGACAAACGCGUUUGAAGAUGGCGACGCCUCCCACUCGCCCUCUCCCAUCGCCGAAUCUACUACGUCGCCAAUUUCACCUUCUGCGCGCACGUUCUCUACUUCCACGCCCGCCCAAUCCGAAGAACAUGGCUCCUACCAAUUUUCACCAAAGGAAAUGGCCGCAGUCAAAAAACGCGUCGAAGAAGAGUUCAUGCUCAAGUCCGUUACCCGCUCACCCCUACGCACCGUGCGCCCAUCCGCAAAAGUACCCUAUGAAGAAGUCACCCACCCGGACGGUCGUGCGCGUCACCCAAGUGGUUUCGUCGUCCCCGCCCCAGGCGACCCUCCAUCAUUCCUCCAAUCCGAAACACGUCUGCGUCCAGAAGAUUUGGCGAAACGCGGGAUUCCGGAAAGCGUGUUAACAUUUGCAGACUUGAAAGAGUUGGCUACUGCUGAGCAGACGACGAGGAGUGCGAAGGUACCGCAAGAGGUGAGGACGAGUAAUGGGAGGGUUGAACAUCCGAGUGGGUUCAUUCCGCCUUCGCCGCAGCAGCCGCAUAUGUCGGGUGUGAAGGAGUUGUAUAAGCCUGCUGUGAACUUGGGUGCGGCGGACGGGACUGCCAGGAACUAG